CAUGACUCUUCCCUGCAGAAGACGCACUAUCUUAAACGUUGUGCAAGUUGUACUUGUGAAGGGAUUAAUGUAUUUUCUCGAUCAUAACAGGCGGAAUGAAUAUAACUAACCGUCCAAACGUAUACUGUGGGCUCAUCCAUAACAGAACACCUCUCGAUCCAGGUUAAGCAAUUUCACAGUAUCUCGCGGCUCGCGCGUCAAUUCAAGCGGUUAUGAAAUGGAUGAAGGUUAUGAGGAGAAUGAUGGGAACGCUGUACCCAUGACGCCCACUGACAAUAAUUUGAAAGAAAAGAAGAAGAAAAAUAAGGGACUGGUGUCUAGAAUGUGGAAUGCUAUUUUCAGUUUACACGAAGUUGAUUUUGAGAAGAGACUGAAAUAUAUUCAUAAGGAGGAGGUUGCUAUAUUGGCAAGAAUAAAAAAACGCUCACAAUGUUGGGGAAGAAUGACCAGACAUCUGAUUAUGCUUUCUGUAAUUUCUGAAGUCAUUGCAGUGGGUUAUGCUAUCAUGACUACAAGAUCACUUGACAUGGACUGGAAAAUGCGGGCUUUGCGAGUUUUGCCUAUGUUCAUUUUACCUUUCUUAUCUUUCCUUGCUCAUUCAGUUGUUGGAAGCCUUAUAAGGAUGCGUGAACGGAAGGACCAAAAAAUACUGGAAAAGCUUCGGGCUGAACGGCAAGCAAAGAUUGAUGAGCUUAAAGAGAAAACAAAUUAUUAUACCACACAACAGCUCAUUCAGAGGUAUGACCCUGAUCCAGCAGCCAAGGCAGCUGCUGCUACUGUACUGGCAUCUAGGCUUGGUGCAGAAAGUGGGUUGAAAAUCCAUCUGGGAAAUGAUAGGUCUAUUGAAAAUGACCCUACCGGAAGCAGAACUGGUGCUGCUGAUUCAAGUGGGCUUCGACACCGAAAGCAGAAGCAAACCACUUCUCGUAGCCCACAUGAAGAAAUACUUCCACAACUUGACGACUCUGAUGGGAGAGAGUAUCAUAGGCAGGUCGUUGGGCCUUAUAAUCCCAGCCCACAUGAGGGAGGGUGGCUAGCACGUCUUGCUGCAUUGCUUGUGGGAGAGGAUCCAACUCAAUGUUAUGCACUUAUAUGUUGCAACUGUCAUAUGCAUAACGGACUGGCAAGAAAGGAAGAUUUCCCGUACAUUGCAUACUAUUGCGCUCAUUGCAAAACCUUUAAUGAGCCUAAGCAUCUCCCAAAUCUUAUCACGUCAGGUUCAAGCUUGCCCCCUUUGAGAUCCACGUCUCCUGUGAAUGAAGCCAAGAUAAUCAAAAGUCCCACUGCCCCUGAUAGUAGUAGCGUCACAGAUUCCAUCUCCACCAGCCCAUCAUCUUCUCCAUUGGCGGUGACCAAAAGUGACAUUUCUUUAUCUUAGACAAGCUUUACUACAACCAACCAAACAGAAAAGAGUGAAAUGGAUACAACUCAUACAAGUGUACAACACACAUUUUGAAGUGUGGCUGGAAUGACAGGUAAUUUUUUUGUUCUAGAAGAACCAAUGUUAAUUAUGUUGUCUCUUCGUACACUUUCGCAACACCUUGUCGGGUUUAGCAGUUCGCUGAUGUAUAAGUUUGCAGCAGACUGGUGAGCUGAUCUGGUUUUGUGGUUGAGAAAGCUGAACUUUCAUAAAGUAAAUUGAAUUACUUGUGGAGUGUUUAGGUGUUGUAGGCUUGCAGCCAAUUCUUUUGUUAUGAUACGAGAGCAUACGUGCACUGUAAAUGUUCUAAAAAUAAUAAGCGGAGCUUAUGAUACAUGAACCUAAGGCAUUGCAAACUGGGUGGAAAU